AUGGAACCCGGGAACGAAACCGUGCACUACCAGAAGUUGCUGCUCAGUGAGUCCGCCUUGGAGUCUGACGAGGAAGAGGUAAAGGCCUCAGGACUGCUGGUGCCCAAGCCCUGGAGGACCCAGAAAGCCACUGAGUACAAAGUUAGUGGCUCUCCGGGGUUCUGGCCCCAAAUGGCAGCAGCUCUGUUGCUGCUGACCAUUGGCUUCUUCCUGGCAAUAAAGCACUUCCAAGCUGAUGACAUCUGUCCUGGAAGUUUGAAAACUAUGGUCCCUCCACCCACCAGGCACUCCCAUAGCCCUGGCACAUACCACCAUGGGGCCAUCAUCAGCUCUGCAGCUGCAUGCUCCAGCCUGGGCCGAGAGCUACUUGAAAGCGGAGGCAACAUUGUGGAUGCCGGAGUUGGAGCUGCUUUAUGCCUGUCAGUGGUGCAUCCUCACGCCACAGGCCUAGGUGCCAUGUUCUGGGGUCUCUUCUACAAUAGCUCGUCAGGCAACUCAAGCUCUCUGACCUCAGGCCCAAUCCAGACCGUGGCCCCUGGACUGGGCCUGCCAGCUGCCCUGCCUACCUUGCACCUGCUGCAUGCACGCUUUGGCCACCUACCUUGGCCGCGCCUGUUAGGGGGCCCCACCACUCUGGCUCAGGAAGGCUUCCUAGUGGACAAGCUCCUGGCAAGUGCACUGGCAAUCCAGGGCACCAAGGGCCUCUGCCCUCUGCUCUGCUCUGCUGACGGGACCCCCCUGGGCCUUGGGGCCCGAGUCACCAAUCCAAAGCUGGCAGCUGUGCUACGUGAGGCAGCACUUGCCCCCAGCCCAGACCUCACCAGGGAUGUCCUCCUGGGCCUCAUGGCCCGUGACCUGGGGCUGGAGGCCCUCCCAGCAGAGCCUGUGCCCAGCUUGGUGCCAGCACUUCAACUGUCUGUGCCCCAGGGCAUCCUGUUCACCACCCCUGGCCCAUCAGCUGGCCCAGAACUACUGGCUCUGCUGGAAGCAGCCCUGAGUCCUGGGGGACCCAGCCCUGAGCCCUGCCCACCAGCCCUGCAAGCUGUGGGGACCCCCAGGAGCAGCAUCCUGGCUGCCAUCGACAGCAGUGGCUCGAUGCUCCUUCUCAUCUCCUCGCUGAACAGCUCCUUUGGCUCUGGGCAGCUCUCCCCCAGCACAGGGGUUCUGUUUAGCGACCUGGUGGCCCACUCUGCAGGCAGCCCCUGGGCCUGCCCUCUCAUCCUCCAAAGAGGCUCCGAUGACACAGAGGCCGAUGUGGUGGGGCUGGUAGCUUCAGAAGACCCGAUGGUAGCCAGAGCCGUGACUAGUGCCAUGGUGGCACAUUUAGCGGUGCCCCAAACUCAGACCCACCACCACCACCACGGGCACCAGCAAGGGCCAAUAGACAGCCUCAACGCUUGUGUCCAGGGGACCCUGCUCCAGGUGACAGCCCAUGCGGAGCAUGCCCAUGUGUCCAGCAUCCCUGCUGGCUGCUGCCCAUUCCAAGGCUUCUGA